AUGCUACUGUCGGACGAAGGGCUUCCUUACGUGCUGAAGGAACUGCCGAAGCAGAUCAAACUGCGAGGGAAGGGACACGAGGUGAGUGGAAACUGGCUUAACAGUGCUUCGUGUCGAUUCAAAUCCCACCUUGGGAUUGCCGUGACUGCGACGAUGCUGCUGUCGGACGAGGGGCUGCCGUACGUGUUGAAAGAGCUGCCGAAGCAGAUCAAGCUGCGCGGCAAGGGACACGAGGUGGGGGACCUGCGAAGGAUCCUGGAAGGAUACGUGGGGUGGCACAAGCGCUUCUUCCCGGCGCUGUCCUUCCCCGAGUUCAUCGAGAAGGUGGAGAAACUCGGCAACACGCGCAGCGUCCGGGCUGGCAUUCGCGACUUGGUCGACGAUUUCGAGCACGGGAGGGGCAUCGGCAGCGACCGAUUCAAAGACACAGCGGAUGGCGGCACAGGUGAUUGGGAAGAUGGUGGGGAAGGCGGUGGUGGGGAAGGCGGUGGUGGGGAAGGCGGUGGUGGGGAAGGCGGUGGUGGGGAUGGCGGCACUGUGGGUGCAGCAGAGGAGGAGCAGCGUGAUGAGGACUUCCCUGGGCUUGGUGGCAAGGAGACUGAUAGUGGGCAUGGUGUUGAGGCGACUCACGGGACCGCCCGCCAGGGGGAGCAGAGCAAUAACAGCCCACACGCGGGCACCAAGGUUGAUAGAGUAAGUCUUAACCGUCUCAGCGACCUUGACGGAAAACCUGAUGAAGACCCUGAUGCGGAUGCUGGUUCACGGGGACAAGAAGUCGUGAAGACUGGCGUAGAAGAGGCUGAUGUGGAAGGUGCUGACGUGGAAGGUGCUGACAUGGAGUUUUCCCUAGAAAAAUCACCGCCAGCUGUCAUCCCAUCUGACACCCCAGCCGCCACUCCAGCCGCCGCGCCAGCUGCCACUCAGCCCCAUAGUCCUGCUGCUGCAGACUCUGAUCACCCCACCGAAGAUAACGAGGAUGCUUUUAUGGAGGAUGACAUGGGCGCGGGCACCGCAGCAGAAUUCCUUGUGGCGCCAAGGGAAACCCCUGGCGGUGCGGGUGUAGGGGUGAAGCACAAGGCGAAGAGGCUUUUGAGUCGACUCAAAAGUCAUCCUGUGGCUGUCCCUGGUGAUUUGGGCGCGGGCGCCACAGCAUCAGCCAUGGUGGCUGCUCCUGGUGGUGUGCGUGCAGGCGUGAAGCACAAGGUCAAGAGGCGAUCCAGCAGCAAACACGAAGAAGAGGGUGAGGGGCUGAAGGCGUGCAUAAUGGAGGAGGCUGAAGUGCAAGCGGACGGAAGGGAAGUAGAGAGCGAAAGAGGGUUAGAAGAGAUAAGGCUUCCUGGUGGCGAAAAGGAGAAGGAAGAGGAGGGUACAAAGGAGAAGGGAGAGGAGGGUACAGAAAAGGAGAAGGAAGAGGAGGGUACAGAUGAGAAGGAGAAGGGAGUGGAGGGUACAGAAGAGAAGGAAGAGGAGGGUACAGAAGAGAAGGUAGAGGAGGGCACAUUAGAGGAGAAGGAAGAAGAGGUUACAGAAGAGAAGGAAGAGGAGGGUGCAGAAGAGACAGAAGAGGAGGAUACGGAAGAGAAGGAAGAGGAGGAGGGUACAAAAGAGACGGAAGAGGAGGGUACAGAAGAGAAGGAAGAGGAGGGUACAGAAGAGAAGGAAGAGGAGGGUACAGAAGAGAAGGUAGAGGAGGGUACAGAAGGGGAAAAUGUACUGGCAGAUGGUGGUGCUGACACCACGGAAUGUGCAUAUGGCCCCUCAUGUGCAUAUGGCCUCUCAUGUGCCGCUGGCCUCUCAUGUGCCGCUGGCCUCUCAUGUGCCGCUGGCCCCUCAUGUGCCGCUGGCCUCUCAUGUGCCGCUGGCCCCUCAUGUGCCGCUGGCCCCUCAUGUGCCGCUGGCCCCUCAUGUGCCGCUGGCCCCUCAUGUGCCGCUGGUGCUGAAGAGCCUCCGAGGUAUGUGAGUGAGGAGGAGCUUGCUGAUUUCAUCCAGUUUUUGGAUGACGUGUGA